CAUCCAUUGGGGCACACAAUCUAGAGUCACACUCGUCCCCUUUUGGCAUAGAACUGUCGCAUGGCAUUGCUUAUCGCAUCCGUGGGCUAUCGGCAGCUUUCAGUGUGUGUGUGUGUGUGUGUGAGGUGUUGCCGCUGUCAAGUUUGGCGUUGCUCUGGCAACACUUACUCACUCACUCAGUGGUUCGCUCAGUUGUCAGCGGGUGGUUCUGCGCUAUAUACUAUCAGCGAGAUGACGAUGAUGAAGCCUUUGUUGUUGCUGCUGCUGCUCGGCUUGCUGGGAUUUGCUGAGAUUGAGACACGCUAUGUGCCCGGCAUACCAAACAUUUGCCUAAAGCCGCCGCCCUUCUCUGAGGGCAUGUGCACCAUUGAGAUCGAGGGCUUUUACUACGAUCCGGCCACGCUAGACUGCCAGAUGUACUCGAUAGGGGCUUGCCGUCUGACGCCCGGCCAGAGCUUCGGCAGCCUGGAGGACUGCGUGGCGACCUGUGUGCUGGGCAAGCGUCGCAGUCCCGAUUACUAUAGAAAUGAAUGAGAUGUUGAUACGAAUAAAGCGCAUUAUAAUAAA